GCAGUAUAUUAGUAUAUGAGCCCAGUCAUUUAUAAGAACAGCAGACCAUAUCUAUAUGUAUGAUAGCAGCAGACCUUCUUGAAGCGAUACGGAUGAGUGUUCCAUCAAUAUUGUUCAUUGAAGAUCAGGAGCGAAUUGAUGUUAUCUACACUCAGAUGACUUCAAUUUUGGAUGGCACACCUACACACACCCACAGUGACCAGAUCAGAUUCAUUAUGGAUGUCCCUUUUCCAGAGUCCAUCAUCUGUGCUCUUGCUGUUGUGAAAGAUGUGUCCAUCUUGGAGGCUGAGGAGAAAUUCCUUCGAGGACCUGUCAUUGACGCAAGUGAGUGGGAUCACUUUGACCGCAGGAUAAAGAAACAAUUAAAGAAGAGUGGCAAACCAUUGGAGAGUCAUCUACAGGAGUCAUGCUGUUAAGAAAUAACCAAGUCAUGUUAAUAAAUUUUUUUGUGAACAACAAUAUUGUCUUUCUUUUAAAUGACCCUUGGAACUUUAGAAAAUUGUUAAAUUUUGUUGGUCUUCAUAAAAUGCUAUGUAGAACAUGUUCUGUUGCUGUAUAACGAGCAAUUGUGAAUUGUAAAGCAAAUAUUUCAUUUAGGAUC